AUGGAAGAGACAUUUGUGCCUUUACAGGGAAUCAAGAAUGAUCUCAGAGGAAGGUUGCUGUGCUACAAGCAAGAUUGGACUGGUGGCUUCAAAGCAGGAUUCAGGAUUUUGGCUCCAACCACUUACAUAUUUUUUGCUUCAGCAAUCCCAGUCAUUUCAUUUGGCGAGCAGCUGGAGCGAAAUACUGAUGGAGUUUUGACAGCAGUGCAAACCUUAGUUUCUACGGCAGUUUGUGGGAUCAUACACUCCAUCAUAGGAGGUCAACCCUUGCUGAUUUUAGGUGUGGCCGAGCCUACUGUAAUUAUGUACACCUUCAUGUUCAAUUUUGCCAAAGAACGAGCAGACUUGGGUCCAAAGCUCUUUCUAGCAUGGAGUGGAUGGGUAUGCGUGUGGACAGCUGCCUUGCUGUUCUUAUUGGCUAUAUUGGGCGCUUGUUCCAUAAUCAAUAGGUUCACCCGAGUAGCCGGAGAGUUGUUUGGUUUACUUAUUGCUAUGCUCUUCAUGCAGCAAGCCAUUAAAGGACUUGUGGAUGAGUUUCGCUUACCGCAAAGAGAAGAUACUAGUUUACCACAAUUUGUACCUUCAUGGAGGUUUGCAAAUGGGAUGUUUGCUUUGGUCUUGUCAUUUGGCCUUCUUCUCACUGCAUUGAAAAGUAGGAAAGCAAGGUCAUGGCGCUAUGGCUCUGGUUGGCUUAGAGGCUUUGUAGCAGACUAUGGUGUGCCACUUAUGGUUCUAGUGUGGACUGGUGUAUCUUACAUACCAACUAGUACCGUUCCACAUGGAAUCCCAAGGCGCCUUUUUAGCCCAAACCCAUGGUCACCUGGUGCAUAUGAUAAUUGGAUUGUCAUUAAGGACAUGCUCAAUGUUCCCAUCCUCUAUAUCAUUGGAGCUUUCAUUCCAGCAACAAUGAUCGCGGUGCUUUACUAUUUUGAUCACAGUGUAGCAUCCCAACUAUCUCAGCAGAAAGAGUUCAAUUUAAGAAAACCAUCUUCUUACCAUUAUGACUUGCUUCUUUUGGGGUUUCUGACUUUAAUGUGUGGUCUGCUCGGAAUUCCUCCAUCAAAUGGAGUCAUCCCACAGUCACCAAUGCAUACAAAGAGUUUGGCUACUCUCAAACAUCAAUUGCUUCGUAAUCGACUUGUAGCAACAGCACGCAAAAGUAUGAGAAAGAAUGCUAGCUUGGGACAGCUGUAUGGAAAUAUGCAAGAAGCCUAUCGACAAAUGCAGACGCCUUUGAUUUACCAAGAGGCCUCAGCUCGGGGACUGAAUGAAUUAAAAGAAUCGACCAUUCAGGCAGCUUCAAGUAUGGGAAAUUAUAUUGAUGCGCCAGUUGACGAGACAGUGUUUGACGUCGAGAAAGAGAUUGAUGAUCUAUUGCCGGUUGAGGUGAAAGAACAGCGUCUUAGUAACUUGCUUCAAGCUAUACUGGUGGGAGGAUGUGUUGCAGCUAUGCCCAUCCUAAAAAAGAUCCCAACUUCAGUCCUUUGGGGCUACUUUGCCUUCAUGGCCAUUGAAAGCUUACCCGGUAACCAAUUUUGGGAAAGGAUCUUAUUGCUGUUUACUGCUCCAAGUAGAAGAUACAAAGUCCUCGAGGAGUAUCAUGCCACUUUUGUAGAAACUGUGCCUUUCAAGUCAAUCGCGCUGUUUACAGUUUUCCAAACUCUGUACUUGCUUGUAUGUUUUGGGCUUACUUGGGUUCCAAUUGCUGGGGUUAUGUUUCCAUUGAUGAUCAUGCUCUUGGUUCCUGUAAGACAAUACGUUCUGCCCAAGUUUUUCAAAGGAGCACAUCUUCAAGACUUGGAUGCAGCAGAGUAUGAAGAGGCUCCUGCUUUACCAUUUAACCUUGCAACGGAGGCAGAGCUGGGAGCUGGAGCAUCCUAUGCAGGGGAUGCAGAGAUAUUAGAUGAGGUUAUGACCAGAAGCCGAGGUGAGUUUAGACAUGUUAGCAGUCCAAGGAUCACAAGCUCUACUUCAACACCAGGAAAUGCCCCUAAAAUCCUCGAGAGCCCACAUUCCUCCUUCAGUCCUCGUGUGAACGAGCUAAGAGGAGAGCGAAGUCCUCGUUCCGGUGGAAGAGGGCCAAACAGUCCAAGGACACCCGGAUCUUCAUCAAUUCUGGGCAAGAGUCCUAGUAACAACACAACAUCAUGA